UAAUCAAACAAGAAAACAAUAAAAAUGAAAGUGCAAUAUGGUGGUAUUGUGAAGUGCAAAUUUUAAUCCUCUUGUCUACGCAAAUUAAUUACAUUUUAGUACACUAUAAAAAUUAAUUUACGUACAAUCGCACCUUCACUUUGCCUAUCGCGUUCAAAAUACCCUCGCGUAGUUCUCCCAUCUUUUAAAAUUCGUCCAACGUCAACGUUGUGAUCAACUUUACAAAGAACUUGGCCAGAUUUGUACACAAAUACUUGUCUCAUGUUGUUGUUGAAUGAACUAGUCGUCAAGUUCCAGAGUUCAGGUCGUUCAGAGAGUCGACCUCCUCCGGUAUUAUUAAAAUGAAAUGAAUCAUCUUGCGAAUAAACACGUUAAUUUUUGAUUUAGUGGCUUUCGAUUUUGCCAACAAAGGCCGUCGGUUCAACCAUCAAUGGAAGAAAGAAUGUGUCAGAAACAGGUAUCAACCAUUCAACAUUCGCAGCAGCAAACGGACAUCGUCCAGACAGCCAAUUGCCACCGGUGUAAAAUGUGUUCGUCUUUUUCAUCGUCGUCUUCUUCGUCAUCGAUUUCGUCGUCGUCGUCGAAUAUUUCAUCUUUAUCGGGACAUGAUACUCAUAAACAGUUACCCAGACAGUCUUCCGAUAAGAAGAGUUCAGGAAGUUGUUUCAUCCAACAGCAUUUACAAUCGAUGUUUAGUUUAUUAAGACGAGAAGAAACGUUGAAAAUGGCUGUCAGAUUGGAAAGUACGUACAGUGGACGUACUCGAUAUUUGGUAGUUGUUAGUCGUCCUGGUCGUAAUCUCACCGAAGAAUGUUGCUUAUUGGGAAUCGAUUGCAAUAAAAGCACCACCGUUGGAUUAGUUCUGAAAGUUUUAGCUGAUACUGCAAUCACUCUAGAUGGAGAUGGCGGUUUCAGUGUUAGCGUUUGUGGCAGACAGCAUAUUUUCAAGCCUGUAUCCGUUCAAGCGAUGUGGUCUGCUCUUCAAACGUUAUAUAAAGUCAGUACCAAAGCCAGAGAGGGUAAUUAUUUCGAAGGAGGAAAUACACACGAUUGGGUCACGUAUUACGAGAAAAGAAUCGAAUCUGACAGAUCGUGUAUUAACGAAUGGCAUACAAUGAACGACAUCGAAUCCAGAAGACCCCCUUCACCCGAUUCUCUCCGAUCUAAACCUCGCGAACGUUUGGAAACUGAACGAGUAAUCAGAAGCACGUUGAAAGAGAUCAUGAUGUCGGUCGAUUUGGACGAAGUAACUUCGAAAUAUAUUCGAUCGCGAUUAGAAGAACAGCUCGAUAUGGAUUUACGAGAAUUCAAAUCGUUCAUCGAUCAAGAAAUGUUGGUUAUUUUAGGACAAAUGGACGAAGCCACCGAGAUAUUUCCUCACGUGUAUUUGGGCUCCGAAUGGAACGCGUCUAAUUUAGAAGAAUUAAAUAAAAAUCGGAUAUGCUAUAUUUUAAACGUGACUCGGGAAAUUGAUAAUUUUUUUCCCGGUACGUUCGAUUAUUUGAAUAUUCGAGUUUACGACGACGAUAACACCGAUCUGCUCAAACACUGGGAUAACACGUUUAAAUAUAUUUCUAAAGUGAAGAAAGAGAAUUCCAAGGUUUUGGUUCACUGUAAAAUGGGCAUCAGUCGGUCAGCCAGCGUUGUAAUUGCGUACGCGAUGAAAGCGUAUAAUUGGGAUUUCAAAAAAGCCUUCGAAUUCGUCAGAAAGAAACGCUCGUGUAUUAAACCGAAUCAGAAUUUCAUCAGUCAGCUUGAAACUUAUCAGGGUAUGCUGGACGCGAUGAAAAACAAAGAAAAGCUGCAACGUUCGAAAUCCGAGACUAAUUUAAAAAGCACCUUCACCAAGAGCCGCUUUCACGCGUACAAUAAAAAGAAACGAGAACAGAAUAGUAAUGAUUUGGACGAGCGAGUCGACAAGAGUGAAAAAGUCACCGUCAAUCGAACUGAAAACGAAUACUCGAUGUUACGAGUCUAUUCCGGUACCGAAUUGGCUCGUUUAUCGUUAAGACCCAAGUCUUGGUCACCGGAUAAUUUAAUCGCCUCUGAAAUCUUCAGUAGCACUGGUACAAUGUCUCAGUCGCUGGAGCAUUUGAAUACAGCGAAUGGUAAACUCUCGGCUGACAGUCAUUCGUCGUCGGUGUCGUCGUUGAGUACGUCUCCACCUAGAAUACCACCGGCGCCACCUCUGCCUCCUAUUGAUAGUCGAUAUAAUCUAAAUGUUCGAAUGCCUUGCGAGAAUGGAUUAGCUUACAGCGUUUCACAAAAUAAAAUCGUACAAUUGUAUUCGGCUCAAAACCAAGAAAGCUACAACAUCGUCGCCAGGCUGGAAAGCAUCACGUCGUCGCAAACGCUCACUUCGAACCGAACCUAUCAUCAGUCCGAAUACGGAUACUCGGACGCUGAGAAAUCGGCAGCGGCCGCCGCCUCCGCCUCCAGCGCCACCACCACCAAUACCACUCAAAUCACCGACCCACAGCCACCGCUUCCACCUUCAUCAUCGCACAACUCAACGCUAUUGAACUCGUUAACGUCGUCGUCGUCUUCGUCUUUAACAUCAUCAUCGUCAUCAUCGACAUCGACAUCUUCAUCGUACAUACUUCAAAUACCUUCUCAAUUUCAAGGUACUACCUCGAGCGUUACGUCGCGAUCCGCGUACAAGUCGAACGCUGUUAAUCUAGUCAAAAAAAACGAAGCUCUGCGAAGUAUUCGCGUACCGUCGCCUUUAUCGAAUCGUCGUAGCGGCGACGGACUGGACGAGAAAUCUGCUCUACCGCCGACGCCAUCGUCACCGGAUCCAUCGCAUACUCGUACUACUAGUAAUACUCCUUACGGCGUGAUAGCGCCAACAACAGCAACGGAUACGUGUUACCAAAGCGAAUACGUUGGUAGACGACGCGAUGAAAAGUGUCUUUCAGGUCCUCCUAAUUUGUACAGUGUUCCUUCUUCGUGUUUAGUAGGCGAUAAAUCAUCUUCGCUGGCCGACGAUAGCGGGUUUGUUUCGAGCAGCGACAACGAAUUAGCCAAAAAUGCCAGCAGCCCGAAUGUUAUCAACACGGUUCAAUGUGCUUCGGUCAAACAUCGCACAAAUUUGCUGGAAAGGUUAACGAAUCCUCGACCAGGUCGUCUAGGCGGUAAUAUGACGACAUCCGCUACGGACGACGAAGGCAGCAAAGGAAUAGUGUUGAAUUUAAAGAAGGAAUUCGAAGCUAAAUGCAACGUGCACGAGACUCGCAAACAACGUAAAAAAUACUCGUCGCAGGGUGACGACAAUAAUAACGAAGAUGCCCGAAGUCUGCCCAGUUCACCGGUCAUCGAACAUAGCCGAAAUCGUAACUACACCUCCGGCGCACAGACCACCACCGCGGCGGUUUCCAGUGAAGAUCUAUCGGUGAGGAAAUUAGUCGGCAAGUACGAGGUGGCCAAGGGCGCAAAAGAGAAAAAAUGUGUCAAAGGACAACCGCCUAUUCCGCCGAGAAAAAGUAGCCUAGAGAUAAACCUACCGCAAUCCAAGUUCGCUGCCGGAAAGAACCCAUCGUCCGGUGUAUUUGCACCGUACAACAGAGGCCACAAAGUAAUCGGGCCCGUCGUCAAGUCCUUAUUUGGUAACCCGAAUGAAAUCAGAUCGACCGUCACGAAAGCAGCGAAUAUCCUGCAGCAAGGCAAAACCCACCCUUUAUCGAAGUUGACCUUUUGUAAACAACGUCCGAAUCCUCCGGUUUAUAAUACGAUGUAAUUAAUAUUACUCGAUUAGCUAGAGGAUCCAAAUCUUCUCAGUUCGGUCGUCAUCGUUGACACGUCUAGCUCUACUCUGAAUCUCAAUUUAUGUACUUCCGGUGAUUGGAAAAAUUCUACUGAACGUUACUAUUACUCAUUGAGGAAUAUUCUCGUAACGUGUUUUUUUAUUAUUUUUAAAACGAAAAAAACAAAUCGAUGACCGUUAAAUAUAUAAUAUUGACCAAAAAAAUAUUCGGGUUUAUAAGCGAAAAACAAAAAAAAAGAGGUAAAUGAAACGGUUACCUGUGGAUUGAAUCUGACGUAAAUUCUCAGUAUUACAAAAUAUAACCUAACAUAUACUUAUUUAAAAAAAACAAAAAAGAGACUUACUCGAAAUUUUUCGAUGAUUUUUUUUUUUUUUUUUUACUUCGUUUAUUUUAGAGUGACGGUAAAUUGACACCAAUAUAAUUUUUUUUUAACCGAAUGAUCUGAUUUUAUUUUUAUCGAAGCGUUAUUUACUAUUAUGUAUAUUUAUAUUAGUAUUUUUUUUUCUUUCGUUAUUUUACCUACGCUAUUCAUUUUAUGCUCUGUUAUUUUAAGUUGGAUAAUUUUUUUGUGAUCGAUUUCUUUUUCUUUUUUUUUUGCUUCUAUUUUUGUGUUGUUUAUAAAGUUUUUAUUUUUGUGAUUAAUAUUUAAAAUUUUUGGAUAUAGAGUCGGAAUGAGACAAAUCGAAAUAGUCAUAGCAUUACGUACCCGUUUUUUCGUUAUUUUAAUGUAUAUAAGCGUUUUUUCUCCCCUCUCUCUAUCUCUCUCUGUAUCUCUGUGUCCUCAUAGGUAAAUUUUUUUAACGUACUUAACAACUCGUUUUCGUUUUUUUUUUCGUAUUCUAAUAUUUUUUUUCUCCUUUUACAUCAUUUUUUUUUGUGUUUCCGGAUAAAGAAUUUUUACAUUUUAUGUAACAUUAACAGUUUGCCCAUACGCUAUUUAUUGUAUCUCUCAUACUUUAUAUUGCAAAACGCAAUAAAAAAUUUUUGCGAA